AUGCUCCUCGCCGUGCUCGCGCUGGUCGCUCACUCGGCGCCUACCGCGUUUGUCUCAAACGGCGGUGUGCUAUACCGCGAGCGCUUCCUCUCGCCGGCCGACUUUGAGGCUAUCCGGCGUGAGUGCCGCACCCUGCGAGGCGGCAUGCGCGCAGAGAAGGACUCGAUUGCGCUGCGGCGGAUGGGCCUGUGUCUCGACCGCCGAUCCCACACACACGCGAUGCUGAUGAGCGAAGCGGUUGCGAGCCGGAUCGCCGCGCUCACCGGCGUGCCGCGGCUCGAGCCGUCCGACUUUCCGGCAGAGUUGCGGCAGUAUGGUGCCGGCGCCAGCAUGGGUUGGCACCGCGACGACGCGCUCUACAGCCCGCCGCAGACAGAGGUGAUCCUGACGCUCGGCAGCGCCGACCCGCCGCCGCCGGAUGAGCAUACCACUCGGCAACUCGUCAAGCGGUGGACGGCGCAAGAGGAGAGGCCAGGCUACGCGCCUCCGUCACAGAACUGGCCUCCCCCCAGUCGCUCUGACCUCGCCACGCUGCGCCGCGCCUUCACCGCGUGCGGUGCUGAAAGCUUUGAUCCCGGACACCACGCUGCGCCACCCACAUCAGGCCGCCUGUGUGAGCCGUGCUCUCACCACCUCCAUCGCCUCUGCCUGCGGCAUGCAGCGCCACCACCUGCGAGGGACGCGCCGGGCGAGGAGGCAACCCGAAGUGGCUGGUCAGUGCCCUCUCGCGGCUUGUCGAGGUGGCUCGAAUCGUCGCCCGUCCGCGAGGCCAUGGCGAGCAGGCAGGGCAGGGGCGCCUCGGAAAAACCGCGAAGGGCCUUCGCAGAGGACACGGCUGACUGCUUCACCGAGUGGGUCUGCGCUGACGGCGGCCGCGACUCGGCGUGGACGACGCCGAACUCGGUGCUGCUCGUACGUGCCGGCGAGGGAGGCCCCUCGCACCGCGUCACGCCGGUGAAGCGCGGCGAGCGCACCAUCGUCAAGCUCGUCUUCCACGAGCCCGACGCGGAGCGGUCUGCCUCCUUUUACGACCACAUCAACUCCUUCCCAGGCGCGCAGAGAUCGGUGGCGGAGCGAGCGCGCGCGCUGGCGGAGCGAGGCGGCCCGGGCAGUGGUGGUAAGGCGAGCCGGGCAGCGAGACGGAGGAGCUAG